CCUUUCGGUCUCACCGCACGCAACCGUCGUUGUUGUCGUCGUGUAUCGCUUUUUCCUUAAAUUACGGCCGUCCGGCUGAUAACGCGCGCGAGGGACUUUAUUUAUUCGCGACUCUCAGCCGGAGAUUUACGCAUUUGUCAUUAUGUAACGUGAGAAUUACACUCAAUGCCAAAGCGCGAGAACGGUGCGCCGACGAGAGCCGGAGGACGACGGACGACGACGACGACGCAGCAGCUACCGCAGGCUCUAGCGUUCAUCAGCGAGCGCGACCGUGGGGAUAAAAAGUGUCCCCGAGUGUGUCUCGUGUGCGAGUUCCGCCCUCUCUUGCGUUCUUCUCCCUCUUUGUCGUUCGCGUGCUCCACUGUGCUCUCUCGCUCUCCCUCCUUCUCGCGUCCCCCGUAUCGCUCUCGGGCCCUCACAAAAACACGACAAUGACGAUGACGACGACGACGACGACGACGACGGCGACGACAGUGUAGGAGUGCGUCCGGCGAGGAGAUCAAUCGACCGAAGGUGUGCUCCUCCGCGUGAGAUGUGCGACGCAGUAGUUGUGUACGUCGCGCCGCUGCUCCGUCGCCCUUAGGCGUAUGUGUGAGAGAAGCGUGUCGUCGUGUUGUUUACGUCCCGCGUAGGCACCAUUUCGCGAUCGAGCCGCCUGCGCGUUUUCUCCCGGAGCUCGCACGUGAAUCGGCGCGUCGUCGACGAGGCUACGGGCUCUCUGGGCGGCCGCCGAGCUUGCCGCUUGUCGAGAAAGUCGACGCCGACGCUACGCGUCGUUGCUACGCGCGUGCUCUCGCCGUGACCGCUCGUAAUUGGGAAAGUGAGCGACGAUAAUCGGUAAUCGACAGUCGCGACGAGACUGAUUCGACGAGUGUCGUUAUAUCUUAUCGAGUUCAAUCGAAGGUGAGAGUCUUCUCGGCGGCGACGCGCCGCGUCUAAACGCGCCGUGUCGAGAGCGCGUUAUUGCGCAGCGUCGGCCGUGUUUCUUUAGCGAGAGCGAGCGACGCGGAGAACUCGUCGUCGCGAGAACGAGUUCUCUCUCGGUGAAAUUUUCCCGGUGAAGAGAGAGAGAGAGAGAGACGCGUCGUCGUGCGCGCGAGACUUUGAUCGAGUUGCAGGUGCGAUCGCGGAAUGUGAAGCGUCGUAAUUCAGCGUCAGCAGACUGAUUUCGGACUAUCGGCAUGGCAAGUAAUGUGGGACACGCUGGCGGCAGUGCUCUACCAGUGAUUGUGUUAUCGACGCACCACCAUCGACGUUGGUCGGCAGUACUUUUAGCGGGAACGCUGCGUUGUAUCUGCGGCCCACGUGAUUACGGCGCGGCGUCGAAAUUAUGAAGGACCGGAAGUACUUGGUCCUCAACGAGGAGCUACUCUGAAGACACAUCUCGCGGCGCUGUGCCAGCCAGCAGCAGCGAGGCUUCCGGCCGCGGAAGAGCGCACGCUUCUCGCGGGGCCGCUCGUCUCGGCCAGCCUUCUAAUCGCCGGCGGGUCGCCUCGACAAGAACGUCUCCGAGUGGCGUCUAAAGUGUUCGACCGAGCGGUGCGUGGGCGGCAAGUGCGACCGGAGGAGAGGAAGAAAGAGCGAGAGAGAGACAGAGAGAGAGAGAGAGAGACACAGAGAGACACAGACGAAGAGUUCAGACGAGGUCGAUUUUAUCCAAUCAUCGAUCAAUCGAAGCAGACGAAACGGCGAAAGUGGUGGUCGGCGGCAGGCACGUGGGGAGAGGCACCGCGAGCGUUCAACGGGAGGAUCCAGCAGCUCGGUGUUCAAUGAGACAAGGAGAUGAGGACGGGAAAGUCACUGCUGAUCGUUCUGCUGUGCGUCUCGGUGGCGGGCCUGGCGCUCUGCCAAGGGAGAAGGUGGCCGAAAGCGGCCACGAAGCACCGGGAUAAAAGCGCCAAGGGCAAGUACGAGCCCGAUUACGCGGAUAGGACGAGGGAGGAGGAGGAGGAGGAGGAUUCGGAGGAGUUAUACUACGACCGGGGUUCGUCGGCCGCCAACGACUUCUACUCGGAAAUCCCGGACAAGUUGCCUUACAGAAACAACAGGGCGAUCGAUAAUUCCAGGUCCACCGAGGUCGGGUCGAAGAACAAUCAGCAGUCUAGUCAGUCGUCGAAUUUGCCCAAGUCGCACGCCAAGUCCAGCGAGGAGUCGCGGGAGAAGGGGCACUCGCACAAGAACGUGACUAUCGGGGACGGCAUUUGCCAGAGUAUAGACGUCAGGAACAGCGUGGUCCUCUUCUCGAUACUGAAGGACUGCCGCGUGAUCGAGGGCUUCCUGCAGAUCGUGCUGAUCGAGAACAACACCGAGGCCGACUUCGAGAACAUCAGCUUCCCGAAGCUGCGCGAGAUCACCGGUUACCUCCUGCUGUACCGCGUGGACGGCCUCAAGAGCCUCAGCAAGCUCUUUCCGAAUCUGGAAGUCAUCAGAGGCAAUAUCCUCCUCACCGACUACGCCUUCAUGAUCUACGAGAUGACGAGCUUGCAGGAGAUCGGCCUCAUCAAUCUGACCAAGAUCUCCCGGGGCGGCGUGCGGAUCGAGAAGAAUCCGGCGCUCUGCUUCACCAACACCUUGAACUGGAGCCUGAUUGUGCCGGCCGGUGAGAACUUUAUCAAGGACAACAGAAACGAGCAGAACUGCCCGCACACGAAAGGAUGUUCUCAGUGCCCCGGCGGUUACUGCUGGACCGCCCAACACUGCCAGAAGAUAGCGAGACCGAAAUGUCAUCCGCAGUGCCUCGGCGAGUGCUACGGGCCGACCGAGAGCGACUGUUACGUGUGCAAGCAUUAUCGGCACGAGGGGAAGUGCGUGGAGAACUGCCCGCCGAAUCUAUACGCGUAUCUCUCGAGACGAUGCAUCACGCCGGACGAGUGCCAAAAGAUGAAUCGCAUCAAGAGGUUCCCGAAACUGGAGAGCACCCACACGUGGCGACCUUUCAACGGCUCCUGCGUCACUCAGUGCCCCGACGGCUUCGAGGAUGACAUCGACGAGAAAAAUGCGACAAUCUGCCGGAUGUGCAAAGGUCGGUGCCGUAAAAUCAGCAACGGUGCCAUUAUACGCCACAUCUCGGACGCCCAGAGCUUCCGUGGCAUUACUGUGGUGAGGGGACCGCUCGAGUUCCAAAUUAGAAACGGCAAUCCGAAUAUAAUGAACGAAUUGGCGGAUGCGUUUGGCCAGAUCGAAGAGAUCACCGCGUACCUGAAGGUGACGCACUCUUUCCCGAUCACGUCGUUGAGCUUCUUCAAGAAGCUCAAGGUAAUCAAAGGCGAGAACCUGGACAUCAAUAAUGGCAGCCUGGUGAUCUUGGAUAAUCCGAAUCUCUCGGCUCUGUUCCCGCAGAUGCAGAAGAUCAAGAUAGAAAACGGCAGACUGUUCUUUCAUUACAAUCCGAAGCUUUGUCUCUCCAAGAUCGAGCAGCUCGGCAAGAUGGUGAACAUCACCAACUUUACGAAUCUCGAGGUGCAGCCAGAGUCGAACGGCUACAAGGUCGCCUGCAACAUCGUCAACAUAAACAUCACGGUGAAGAACGAGGCCGCUGACCACGUAGUCCUCACUUGGGAUAGCUACAAGGCGCAAGAGGGCCAACAGCUUCUCAGCUACCUGCUGAGCUAUAUAGAUACUGAGAACACCAACAUCUCGUACGAGGGAACCGCCUGCAGCAACAACACGUGGCAGGUCGUCGACGUCGACGUGCCGAGCUGGAGCUCCACCGUCUCGAAGCAUAUCGCCAACCUGAAGCCGUACACCAAGUAUGCCGCGUACGUGAAGACAUUCACCGCCAGGAACGAUAAAGCGUUCGUCAGUCCGGUGGGUCAGUCCGAGAUCAUCUUCUUCCGCACGAAGAGCGCGAUACCGUCGGUACCGACGAACAUCAUCUCCAGUGCGAUCAGCGACAGCGAGAUCUUGCUGAAGUGGGAGCCACCGGUUUAUCCGAACGGCCCGAUCGGUUACUACAUGAUCUCCGGUGAAAUUCAGUUGGACGAUGAAGAGCUGAUCGCGUCGCGCGACUACUGCAACGACACGCUGGUGAACGAGGUAGAGGAGGAAGAGGUGCCGGUAGUGCAGGAAGAGGUAACGGUCAAGAUGCCGUCGCGAAAUUCUGUCUCCUGUUGCUCCAAGGACGUGAACGCAAAGACCACGACCUUCUCCAAGCACUUUGAGGUAUUCUGCCACGGGAACAUGACCAUCAGUCACCUGUCGCCGGGCUGGAAGGAUUACUGCGUGUUCAAUCACUACAACUCCGCGGAAAACGGAUUCUACGAGCUCACGAACAACCUUUCCUUGACGUCGUUGCAAGAGAAGCGGAAAACAAUAGUUGACCCUGCGAUCACCGCGGACAAUGGCGUCGCGAUCAAUCAGCAGAAGAAGAAUCAGGCGUUCGUGUACAACGUCAGCGCACACAACAAUUCGCACCUCUUGAAAGAAUUACAGCAUUACUCCCUGUACACCAUCACGAUCGCCGCGUGCGGCGUGAUGGUGGAAAACGUACCAAUGUGCUCGUCCAUACAGUACACCAACACUAGGACAAAGAAACGACCGGACGCGGACGACAUCAAAGACGUUAGGGUUCACGUGAGCAACGAGACGAUAGUCGAGGUGAUCUGGGAGUCGGUGAGGGACCCGAACGCGUUCACCGUCUCGUACACCAUCGAGUACACGAAUCUGGACGUGAAGGAUGCGAAGAAGAGCACCGAGUGCAUACCGUACACGAUGGGCCGUCGUCGGGAGAGUAGAUACAACAGCCACUACAUCAGGAAUCUCAGCCCGGGCAAGUACAGUUUGAGAAUGCGCUCGACGUCGUUGGCGGGCGACGGCGCCUUCACCACCGUGGUCUUCUUCUCCGUCGGUCUGUCGGACACCAAUCAAGUACUGCUGACGGUAUUGGGGGGGAUCUGCGGUAUACUGUUUUUCGGCUCGCUCGUGGUCGCCUUCGUCGUGAAGAACCAGAGGCGGCGGAAGCAGGAGCGACUGAUCGCCAGCGUGAACCCGGAUUACAUUGAGACCAAAUACAUCGUCGACAGCUGGGAGGUGCCGCGGGAGAACGUGGAGAUCCUGGAGGAGCUCGGCCUCGGCAACUUUGGCAUGGUAUACCGCGGUAGUCUAAACGGCACACAGGUGGCGAUCAAAACGAUCUCCGAGAGCGCCAGUCAACGGGAGAAGAACGAGUUUCUGAAUGAGGCUUCGGUGAUGAAGAACUUCUCGACGUUUCACAUAAUCAAGCUGUUGGGAGUGGUCUCCAUCGGCAAUCCGCCGUUCGUCAUCAUGGAACUGAUGGAGAAGGGCGAUCUGAAGACGUAUUUGCGAGGCAUACGCGACUCGGAGAUGGUGCCCAACGCGUCCCGAAUAAUGCGCAUGGCGGCGGAAAUCGCCGACGGCAUGGCUUAUCUGGAGUCGAAGAAGUUUGUGCAUCGUGAUCUAGCGGCGCGCAACUGCAUGGUCUCCAAGGACCUCGUGUGCAAGAUCGGCGAUUUUGGCAUGGCGAGGGACAUCUACGAGACCGAUUACUACAAGAUCGGCAAGAAGGGCUUGCUGCCUAUCCGAUGGAUGGCGCCGGAGAAUCUCUCCGACGGCGUGUUCACGUCCGACUCGGAUGUGUGGUCGUUCGGCGUGGUGCUCUACGAGAUACUCACCCUCGCGGAGAUCCCGUACCAGGGCUUCUCGAACGAGGAAGUGCUCAACUACGUGCUGCACAAGGGCGUGCUGAACGUGCCGCGCAACUGUCCCGAGAACAUACAGAAGAUCAUGGAGAAGUGCUUCAAGUGGCGGCCCAGCGACCGGCCCACUUUCAUGGAGAUCGUCUCCGAGCUGGAGCCGUUCCUCGGCCAGGACUUUUGCGAGAAGUCCUUCUACCACUCGGACGAGGGUAUCGAGAUACGCAGCCUCGGGAUCAAGAAGGUCUACCAUCACGCCGCGCCGAUACGGUUUCACUGGGGCAACGAGACCGCCCGCUGGGUGAAGGACUUUGAGGACAAUGUCACUCUGCUCGACCAGAUGAAGGCCGGCACCAGUCGCGGGCGAAUCUUCAAGAACGGUUUCCAGCACUUUGACCUCGACGGCGCAGAGCGAUGUCGGGGUGAGAUCGACAUCGACACCAACACCGACACUGACACCGCGCGCGUCGCCGGCGCGAACGGGAGAGAGAUGAACCGAUGGCGUUCGUAAGCGGAAGCUAAGCCAUCGGGAAGCAAUUAGACACCCAUAGAGUUUCUACCCCCGACUGAAGAAAGCCCUGCCACAGCCAAUAUAUCGAUAGUCGUUACUUGAAACUCGCGUCAAGUGAAAUAAGAGUCUAAGUUUAAAGUUUAAGAGCGUGGAGUUUCCCGGGCGGAAUUGCGACUGAGCAGCGAACGCUGAAGAGGAUCACCGAGUUGCGACAUCGGAAUUCGACGAUAUCUCGUCAUCGUCGAAAAAUUGUCUCACACAAUUCGCCACGCCGUGGUGACGGCGUAAAACUUUCACUCCUUCCAAAACAGUCGCUUAAAUUGACGAUUCUAAAGCUCCGGCUGCGGGCAGCAACUUCAUCUUGCGAUUCGCCCGGGAAAGCUCAGAUCCCUCAGUCGAAAUUCCGCUCCGAGUGUCUUGACAACUGGAGACAAGUUGCAAGUGACAUUUAUCAAGCCGGACCCGUGUUUCGCCCUUCCUUCGAGCGCCACCCUCAAACCCUUUCUGCCACGCUCACCGACUAUCAUCCAUUCCUUCCGAGGGUUACUUUCUCAACAGUCCUCUGUACGGGCAUGGCCGUCUCCAAGCAGCUAUUCCCGAACGCCACGAGACGCGCCACCGAGGAUUCUUCCGAGAGAUUCUCCCGCUCGGAGCGCGAGCGGCGGUAACGACAGGGCGCGUCAGCGGGGCGCGACUGAAUUCCCCUCCGCGAACGACGGCUGUCGCGACGAUAACGAAUUUUCACGAGCUCGCGGUGUCAUUCACCGCGCAUCGCUCUCGUAUUCCCCGGCCGUCUCGGGCCCGCGGAAUGCUGCUUCGGGACCGACCGUAGGCGCUCUCAAGCCGCAGGACGAUUUUUACAAAUCAGAGUUCCUUGUCGCAUCGCGUGUCCGUCUUGGCGCGCGCGCGAGACGCUGCAGCGUAAUCUCAAGGUUGUACAUAGUUACUCGAGACGACGGAGAACGCAGGUCAUUUAACGCGUAAGAUAAGUUAUAAUAGAACUGGAUGCAAUAUUACCGCGUACACACAUAGUCCCGUGUAGUCAUGAUAAUUUAUCACGAGAGUUUGAAAAGACACACACAUACACACAGACAGACAGAGAGAGAGAGAGAGAGAGAGAGAGAGAGAGAGAGAGAGAGAGAGAGAGAGAGAGAGAGAGAGAGAGAGAGAGACACUCACACGACAGAUACACACUUGGCCCUCGCAUGUAAAUAACAAAGUCACAAGUCUCCUCCUCGCGCGGAUACCUCGUAGAUAGUAAUUGCAAUAAGCGUCUCCACAAUCCACGACCCACGUCUCUACGGAUAAGAAUUAUUAGCGUGAGGGGUAGGUAGCUAGGUAGAAGUAGGUAGAGCUAGAUAGCUAGGUAGGUAGGCGAGAUUAGGCGGGUGGGGGUGUGCAAAUUAGGGGCCUACCGGCCGAGUCAUGUGUCUAGGUUUGCACCGGUGCCACCCUACACGGGAUGAAUCAGAUUCUAACGUUCAGCCUCUCGGAUCUUGCGGUUGCGCAAUCGGACGACAGCGAACAAUCAGUAGGCAACAGGUGACAGGAGGACGAAGUAGCUAAUUAGAGAAACGUAAUAUAUAUCACUAUUAUCAAAAUGUCUGGAACGAGUCUCGCGCAGCCCAUCAGAGGCGUCUCUUCCUGUCCCGACCUCUCCAUCCGCUUCAUUUUAUCUCAACUCGAUAAAACGAUAUCAUUCCUCUUGGCUGUCCGCAUGAAGCGGACGAGAAGCGAUAUCGUGUCUUGUUCCUCUAGUUUUUCCGAUCGUUAGUUAUGUAGCAGCAGCAGCAGCAGCAGCAGCGAGACUGAUGGCGAUUAAUAUCGCAUCGGAGGAAACGACCGGCGAGAGACCGCGCCGCGCCGGUACAUUUCUAUUUGCAUCGCCGCCGACUGAGAAGACGACCCGCGAGAGAUCCUUUCGCCAACGUAAACAUCGUCCUCGAGAAGCUCUCGAGACUCGUUUCAGUCCGAGCUCGUUUCAGGAUGUUUUCGAGCCUCUCCGGGGACCUCUCGCGUCUGGGAAGUAACCGGUGAAUGCUUACGACGGGAGAAAGUAUAACACCGAAUUUUUUACGAUACUCUCCAUCCGCGCGUUGCGAGACAAUUGUAUAAUAAUAAUGUGAAACUUGGCAACUUCGCGCGUUGUGUCCCGUUCGGGAAGGUCCGCCGGGCCUGCCGGAUCGAGCGCGGGUCGCUUUACGGGCUUUUUCGCAGUCCCCAUGUAUCACGGCUGCGCUAAUGAACCGUGAGACCGUGAUGCGAGAUAUGUGAUUAAUUAGCGAUCACGGUCGGCUUGAUUGCGGCGCGUCCCGGCGUUGGAGCGGCUCGAGAGCGGAGCUCGCGCCGUGGACUUCGUGGACGUGCACUCUCGGUCUCCAUGGGAAUCCCGGAAACGCGCUUUCCGCGCGGCCUAACACGGGGAAUCUCCGCGACUCGGCUCGAACACGCGCGCCCGCCCGCCCGCGCGGGAGGAAGAAAAAGAAUGAUAUCAGCUGAAUCUCUUUGUCCGGUGCGACAAUCAGCGCGGCUCGUGGAAGGUCGACCUUGUGUAAAAAAGAAGAUAAAAAAAGAACAAAGCGCGUGUAUAAUAUGUAACAUAGAGUCCGACCUUGUCCGAUUAGCUUUCCUCGUAGUUCUUUCGCACUUGUUCUGCGCUAACUUUCGGCGUAUAUUACUAAUAUUAUUAUUAUGAUUAUCAAGAAACAAAAGGCGCGUUGCUGCGAGCGCGUUUCUACGUCGACGAUAGUCAAAUUCAAGAGUAGAACAUGUGCAAAUAGAGAAGGAGUGUCGUUUUCCUCCCUUAUCUUCGAGUUCGAGCCGCACUUUCAUGUAUUGACUCGGCAUGAACUCAGGGUAAGUGUGUUGUGCGUGCGUGCGUGCGUGCGUGUGUGUGCGCGUGUGUGUGUUUGUUUGUGUGUUUGCGCGCGUGGUGAGCGUAUGAAUAUUUCUUAUAAUCGCAUAUGGUGUACGUUUGACUUUUGGUAGAGAUGGCAAAUUAUUUGCGUAUGAUUGCGAAUCUUACGAAUGCUAAUUAAUAAUUCGUCUUACAUACUUCGUAGCGUAAGCCGGCGGUUUUCAUCGAGGUGAGAAUUACGCGUGACCUCGAUAAGUUAGACACUCGAUACUCGUCUAGCGCGACAAUUAACCGGGCGACUUUGCGACCAUAAAAGUCGAGCGUUAUAUUUUAUUCGUCGGCGAGCGGAAAGCUCUCCUUACUGUGCCGCAGUCGAGGACUCUAUCGAUAUCCCGGCGGUGGUCUUUUUUUUUUUUUUUA